CCGCCCGCGCAGGUCGCCGGUGAGCUCGCAGCCGCGUCCGUCCCCCGGGACGCGCCCCGCCUCCUGUGCUCCGCCCCUCGCCGCGCCGCGCCCCGGUUCCCACGGCGCCACUGGGCACCGCGAACCAGUCCGCCCGCCCAGCAAACAGCCCCGCCGGGCCAGGCCGCGCGAACAUGGCGCUUGUCCCCUGCCAGGUGCUGCGGGUGGCCAUCCUGCUGUCCUAUUGCUCCAUCCUGUGCAACUACAAGGCCAUCGAAAUGCCCUCCCAUCAGACCUACGGGGGGAGCUGGAAGUUCCUGACCUUCAUUGAUCUGGUCAUCCAGGCUGUCUUCUUUGGCAUCUGCGUGCUGACUGAUCUCUCUACUCUCCUGACCAGAGACAGCGGGAACCAGGAGCAAGAACGGCAGCUUAAGAAGCUUAUCUCUCUGCGGGACUGGACGCUCGCCGUGCUCGCCUUUCCUGUUGGGGUUUUUGUUGUCGUGGUAUUCUGGACCAUCUAUGCCUAUGACAGAGAGAUGAUAUACCCCAAAUUGCUUGACAACUUUAUCCCAGGUUGGCUGAACCACGGAAUGCUACGUUCUUGGGAAAAGCAAUGAUUUGGAGGAAAUAGAAAGUUCUGGUUCUACCUUGGGAGCUAGCAAGUAAGUCAUUGUAAAACUAAUUAAUGAUGUCUUUCUUUCCUACAUCUUCUGCCACAUCAAACAACUAUUGUUGCCCAGAUGUUCUUGGGCACCAGGGUACUGCCUGAGUGAGCUAUCUAACCCUAAGAACCUCUAAAUUAAUUGUGCUACCAUUUAAUUGAAGAGGGACCAGAAGCCUGAGAAGCUGGUGAAAUGUCCCAGAUAUGAAGCUAAUGCAACACCAGACUUCAAAUUCAGCCUGUUGUAUUCUUGCCAUACUGUGUUACAGAGAGAAUUCCUCUAAAUGUCUUUACCCCUCGCUGCUGUUAUGUCAUUGAUGUAAGAUGUGCCAGCAGUUUAAUUUAGUAACAGUUUGCAGGAAUAAAGUAAGCACCCUCAAAUCAAGUGUAGUUAGACCCUGUUUGUCUUUUGAAACUCCAACCAUUGUUUUUAUUCUUGAUAAUUCCCUUUUACCUUACAUCCCGGAGGCUUUCAGCUUCAGGGUCAGGCUAAUUGCAGAAAGUGGGUAAAUUCUUGGUUGAUUACUUCUGAAAUUGAGUCUCACAACUCAUAAGAGAUUAGAGACUUGGGGUUUAUUUUUGUUAAUUAUAAGGCAUAUUUUGUAAGACGAAUAAAGGGUCUUUCCUUGAGAGGGAGAGAGAGCCUGACAGCCCCAUCAGCAGGAGAGCUGAGGAGAACAAAAACAUGGGAUUGGGGAUGCUUCCUGUCCCAGGGAGGAAAUUCUGCAGUUUAGAGACUUCCAGUGCCUCCUGUCUGUCACUUCCAGUUGUGGGCCUCUGGAGUAUGAAUGAAUGGAGUACCAGGAUGGCUGAUGUGGCAUGCCUACUGGGCUCUUGAAUGAUAAAUUCUAUAAUUUGGCCCUGUGUCUCCACAUUCCAUCAGAAAGGAAGACCCAGACCAUAGCUGACUCGUUCUCCAACAGUCUAUACAAAAUCUCAUUGACACAUUUGGGUUACUACACCUCCCCACAGUACAGGGAACCUGGAUCUUGAAUUCUGGAACAUUCUCCUCAGGAAAGAUAUAUCACAAUAGCAGAAGGCAAACGUGUUUAUGAUGGGUUGAGGAGUCCAGGCAGCAUAGAAGGAUCUGGAUUCACUGUGAUGUGUCCCCAGAGAUUGCCCUGGGAAGGAAACAGAGGGUCUGAAGGUCCUGGUGAGAAAACACCACCAACAAAUUUAAUGGGGUUUCCUGUGCCAAGGAAUGUCAUCAGUUAAAGUAGUGUGGGUGGAAGUCCAGGACAAGGAGGUCAUGCAAUGAAGGCUCCCCUGCUUACCUGCUGUCCACAGGUCACUAAUAGGUCAUCUGCUCCUUCUGAGAGUACCCACAUCACUGCUUUACUAGUGUGUGUCACAGACUUCCAUAUAAAGGCAUGGUUUCCAGCCUCCUGGUUUAGGUUGUUGAUGCUCAUUGCAUAUCUCAUGUACCAUGUGUCACUCUUGGGUAGUUCAGUCAGGUUGGUAGAGCACGUGAAUGCUGGUAUCUUGACAUCCCUGGAAAAUAAUCUCAUGUGUGGCAUACUUCCCAGAGCUGACUAUCCACGGGCCAAGGGCUUGAGUGGCAAAAUGUGAAAACUACUUUCUACAAAUUAUCCAGAUAACCUCUAGCAACCCUCUCCUGGAUACAAGUCAGCCACUCAAAGGUGACAGUUUGGCAAGUAUUCAUAGCUACCCUGAUGGUAGAUUGUCAUAUUGCUGCUCAGUUGAGGGGACUCUUGCAGCUUUGUCUGUUUGCAAUCUUUUGAUAAAGAUCUUUAGAAGCAUGCUAAUUAAUUUUACAGGAAUGUCUGUCUUUGGCUCUGCAGCUAAUUAUUUUCAUAUUAUGUGUUCCAGUGAUAGAUGAUGGAUACAUAAAUACAUUACCUUUGCUCAAUCCAUGUUUUCUGCUGUUGAUACAAAGUACACACAUUGGACUAGUUUCAGAACAGCUGAAUUUGGAAUGUGACAUCUUGCCAAAUGAGGAUCACACUUGCGCAUACAACACAGAUGUGGAAUUUUACAGUUGUUUUCUUUUAAAAGACUGUGUGUCUGUGGUGUCAUUGAUUAAUGUAAUAUUGUAUUAAUGUGCUGUUACAACACUCCAGGGUCUUCAUGAGGUCUUCCAGCUAACAGCAAAGAAUUCUUCAAACUAAAGUUUUUAAUAAAAUACAGAUUGUGGGGUAAAACAAUUAUGGUGGUGAUGAUGAGGAUAAGCACCAACCUGAGGAUUUAUGGGUAGCACAAUGCUUGAGCGAUUAGUUUUGAUGGACCUGUCAAUAGAAAUACAGCGAAAUUGCUAUGUAGGUUUACUCUUCCAAAUCAUUUGACACUGUCUGCAUUUAUUAUUUAUUUUAUCUGUCUUUAGAGGAACAAGACACCAUGGCAGUAUUUAUCCCACUUUUCUUUUCCUUUUGAAGUGUGUACUUGCUUCAAUUGCUUGCCCAGUGGUACGAUCAGAUCCAAGAUGUUAGCAAAGGCCAACAUAGCCAUGUGUGUGACAUGGCAGUAGCUGCUAAAGUUAAAAUUGAAUUCUUCACUGUCCAUUGUACGUGGCUGGCAAGCAACUCUCUACCAUGCUACACUGAUGUAAUGUUGGCCAGGAAUCUUUCUACAUCUAAUUUAAGUCAUUACUACCUUUUUUCUUUCUUGGGGUAUUUUUUAAUCAUUAACUAUAUUUUCCCUAUUACAGAAAUCUUCAAUAGUAUUUUAAAUCCAUUCACUGUUGAAAAUUUAAGUGAAUAAAAACAUCCUGGCUAGAACACUCUCAACUUUUUUUUUAACGAGACAGGGUUUCUCUGUAUUGUUUUGGAGGUUAUUGGUCCAGCCCGGCCUUGAACUCACAGAGAUCCGCCUGCCUCUGCCUCUCGAGUGCUGGGAUUAAAGGCGUGCGCCACCACCGCCCGGCACUCUCAACUUUUUAAAUGAAAAGGUAGCUGCCAGACUACUCACAGAAAAGCAUAGAACUAGUUCUCCAUUUUCUUGGAAUUUUAGGAUUUUCAAACAUCUAUUUGAUAAGAAAAAUAUAAGGAAGGCUUCAGUUUUUCACUACAACUCUACCAUAGCCUCACAGAGACUUGGGUAUAGAAAAUAGGAUUUCUCCUUUUAAUCAUCAGAAAGCUUUUAAAUUCCAAAGAAAGCAAAAGAUCCAAAAAGGAAAAAAGAAAAAAGAACCCCGUAAUUAACAGAAAAAAGUUCAGUAGUGAGAGCUAUGAAUGAACAUUUGUAUAAAUAAUUUACAUCUAGCAAAAUAAGAUCAUUAAGUUUAAGCAUGCACAACAUCAUUUUGUGGGCUCUGCUUAUAAUGUUAAUAGAAGCAUUAUUUAAACGAACUAGACUGCUGAUAUUGAUAGUAUGCCUUCAGAAGUCCAAGUAGGGUUGGUGUGUAAAAUGGAGAUGAAGAGGAGGAUGCUAUAAUGAACUCACAUCAUUUUUGUCUGCCUGCCAAGAUCUGCACAAAGACAAACCAGCCACAACUUCAACAUAAAAGGGGGAAAGAGAUGCUUGUGAAGUCCCAACAUUAAGUUGAGGCACUGUUGCCAACUGGCUGCUAGGGGACAGUCAGUUUUCUUCAGUGAUGUGGUCCCUGAUAAGCUGUGUAGAUGGUCCCACACCCGUACACAUCUGGUAAACACUAAGUGGAUUGGGUAGGGUUAAAAAAGAUCAUAUGAAAUUGGAAGGGGAAAGUAGUGAAAGGGUAGGGAAAGAGCUGGAGAGGAGGGAAUAAGGGGUCAAAUUGAUCAAAACCCAAUAUGUAUGAAAUUAUUAAAUAAUAUCAACAGCAAUAGGGUGUUGAGUCACUGAACUGAUUAGAGGUCACAGAUGCCUGCCACCAAGUCUGGUGACCUGAGUGUCCUCCCAAGGGCCAACAUGGUGAAUGAGAGAGUGACGACUGAAACCAUUCCUCUGAUCUCCAUACUUGUGCUGUGCCCCCUCCCCACAUAAAAAAAUGAAAUAAAAACUUUGCUUUCUAAAAAGAAGAGCGUGUUUCUCUUGUAUUUUAGCUCUUUUAGACCUUGAUACAUUUUAGUGGAUUCUGUAAAGUCCUUGUCAAUCAAGGUGGUUAAUUAACAAUUAGAGUCAGGGACUGUGACUAGGUAUCUGUGAUGGGGGUUGUUUCUCUUUGUGGGUUCAGGGUUCAUGGUGUUACCCAUAGUGUAAACCCUAAAGGUAUAAUGGUGAGUGUGCAUCACUGCUGUACUGAGAUCUGUAGAAAUUCCACAUUGGGUGUUCUCUGAAGAAACUUGUAGGGGAUAUCACCCCCCUGCUCUCUAUUUUGUGAAAUCUUUUUCUUUUUUUCUUCUUUGCUCUAGAGAUUCCAUUGUAUGACUCUCCUUUCUUUAAAACCACCAUAGAAUACCUUCCAUGUCUUAAUUAUACAGUCCUCUUGUGUUUUUCUAGUGUUUGUAUUCCCAUAGUUGCAAAUAAAAAGUAUAUUUUUAGUUUUAGAAUUUUCCUUUCCAUUAAAAAAAAUCCCUGAAGAUUUGUGGCACCACUGUUAUUUCUGUUAAUGGCAUUGCUUCCAUAGCAGCAAGCUACAGCUUUGUAGGAAAGCCUGUUUACAGAAAGCAACCAACCAUCCAAGUAAAUGUUAUAGCUACAUGAAUAAGGGUUUCAGUUUAGAUCUCUUGAAACCAUUACAAUACAUAUGCCCACACAUGCCCACAUGCAAACACACACACACACACACACACACACACACACACACACAUGCCCCUUCUAUUGUAAUUAUACAUUUGUUG